AUGGCAGACAUCGAGGUCGCAGUCGAUGGUCGGGCCGAGCGGGGCCCGACUAAGAAGCGGAGACGAAUUGUCAUUUCAUGCACCGAGUGUCAUCGAAGGAAGCAAAAGUGCGAUCGGGAGCUGCCAUGCGGGAACUGCAGGUCGAGAAACAAGGAAUCAAGCUGCUUUUACGAGGCCGGCGCGCCCACCGCCCGCGAACAUGAGGCGCACGCCGGACUAUAUUCCUCGGAGCAGAACGAUGACGACGCGACAAAACAAAAGUCGGAACCGCUGUCAUCCGUAGCCUCCUCCUGGGGCUAUGCGCAAUCAGGGGGGUCGUCAACGCUUUGCUUCCUCCAGAAGAUUGAAAGGGCCAGCACGGCAGAUGGCGAGGAUGCGCUGACCAAUGCCUCAGCGCCGGGGCAAGCAUCGCAACAGGAUACGUUUGCGGUCAGGGAAAAAUACAAGGGGCUUAUCCGGCUGCUCCCCGCGAGGAUGUACAUUGACCAACUGACCGAGAUCUUCUUCGCCGACCUCAACUGGCAGUAUUUUCUUGUCGAGCCUCAGAACUUUAACGAACUCCUGGAACAAUGGUCCAAUAUACCCUUCAGGCUGCUUUCUUCGCGCGGCCCAGAAGCUUUGGCUCCGGACUUGAAGGUGUUUCCGGCGCUCUUGUUCCAGAUCAUUGCCACGGCGCUGCUUGUCCUUCCUAAACCUCUCCAUGAGUCGUUUGAGUCGCUCAAGUACGCUGCAAACAUGACGUUUGAGGAUCUGGCAAUUGACUACAGCGAGUCCAGCAUGUCUAUUCUCAGUCUUUUGGGUACAAAGUCCCUUUGUACGACGUCGAUUCAAACUGGAUUCCUUCGAGCAUCCUUCCUCAAGUAUACGGCCAAUGUUACGGAAUCGUGGCAUCAAGUUGGCAAAACGAUAAGAGACGCACAAGAGCUGGGUAUGCACCGAGAUGCACUUGACCCAAAGCCGAAAUCGAACGAUGUAGAGAGUGUAUUGUUAAAUCAAUGGCAAAUUGAGAAAAGGAGACAUUUGUACAUGAUGCUCGGGACAUGGGACAUUCACAUGUGUCUCAUCUUAGGCCGUCCUGGUUCAAUGAAUUACAGACACGGCUUCCCCACACUGCCUAUUGACGCCCGAUUCACGCUGGCAUCGGAUCGGUCCAAAACUCCCGUCAUCCCCAGAGAAGAGGGCGUUGAUCCCCCGACGUCAUUGACGAGAAAUAUACUCCUAUACAAAACAAUGCUGCCGCUGCGGGACGUUCUAGACCUAGAACCCGAAGGGCCAUGCCCCAGGGACUGGUCAAAAGUGCUCAAGAUACAACAAAACAUCGUGGAUAUACAUGAUGCUGUGCCAGCCGCCUUCCGGAUAGAGAAUCCAGACAGGCAAUGGGAUCACUUGCCCGAACUGCAGUGGCUUCAUCAGGCAAGGUGUUUGUCUGAACAGAUGUUCCAUUUCACAUUGGUUGCGCUCCAUCGACCCUACAUUUUCCACCGAGAAGAGAGUCGACUUGAGGUGAUUAAAGGCAGUCUCGGUAUGCUAGAGAUGCAGAAGCGCAUGUUUGAAGGGCUGCCACCGAAAUCUUGGAAGAAUUGGCAGUUGUUCUACGGUAGCUUCGAUGCCGUCACGUUGCUUGCCUCCAUUUACAUCUUAUUUCCUUACGAGAAUGCAGAGUUUCGAGAAAUGGCCAUACAGCAUUGUCACUGGACGGUCGAGCGGUUCGCGACCAUGAAGGAUAUGAAUCCUCUCGCCAAGUCAGCAUUGGGAGUACUCCGAGCAGUGGUGGCUAGGCUCGUCAAAGCCCUUGCAAACUGCGCGCCGUCCUCAUCCGUCAGCCCUCCUGUUGACCUCCUGCGACACAACUCUAAUACUACUACGCCUACAUCGACGAGCAAGACAUUUGGAUCGACACCAACAAGCUCGGUCGGCAUGGCGUCGAUAGAAGGAAGCUUCAAAGGGCCUGCUGAAUCCGUAUCGUCAACCGCCGCCAUCCCAUCAACUGCUGAGGACUCGGCGGCCUGCAUUCCGUCGAUGAUGCCCAGUGGAUGGGAGGUGCCACAAGAUGCAAAUGGCUUCACCAAUAUGGCGCCGUAUUUUCCGAUGGCAGAUCUCAUCUACAAGGACCUCACGGUCGAUCAGAUCGACAACGCGCCAGCACAGACAGAUUCGGACCCAUCGCUACUAGGCGACUCAUUCAUGUGGCAAUUCGAAGGAGGCUUUGGGGAGGACACAGUGUGGCGGUUCUUGAAUCAGCACCAGCCCGGCGGUAACGAAACCGGUUGA